UAAACCUAAUUCUACUCGAAGACCACUAACCAUAAUAAGAAAUAUCCUACUAAUAAUUAUAACCAUAAAUAUAGAAACCCUAAGGAAAUCGGUUUCUAACAGUGAUCAGUGGGGCAAUUGCGAUGAUUCUCAGAAACAGAGCAAGCGCUAUUGUUACUGGUUCUAUGCAUGCCAUUCAGAUUGCUUUACUAUCUUGUCGACAUGGUUGAAGAGGUAUUUGAGUACACCGUCAUAACUCUACCCUCGGUCCUCCGUGAUGACACAUUCAUGUGUUCGUACGGGAGUUUCAUGCUGAAGGACUCUGUAAUUCUCGCGGUGUUUUGCGAUGGCGACGAGAACUACUCGAUGUGGUGCUUGUUGAAGCACGGAGUUGCUGAUUCCUGGACCCAGUUAUAUGCCUUUAGACCGCCCGUUUUUUGCAUGGAGUUUUUAGAGAUGUGGAAGGAGGAUAGGUACAUAUGCUCGAGGGAGAGCCUUGGAUGUCAGCCAGCUUCGGACCCUGAAAAAGCAGAGGAAACCGACGGGGUGUGGGUUUUUUCCCCUUUGACGGGAGAAUAUGGUGAUCGGAUUGAAAUUCAAGGUUGAAAGAGUCCGUUCAAAGCUUAUGCUUUUACUCCGAACCAUAUUUCCCUCUCCUUUCUGAUUUGGGGUAGUAGCUAGUGUGAUGCCUAUAUACUGCGCGCCACAGGGCCGCGAAGAUCGACUCAUCACAAUUGAGAUGUUUUGUGAAAUGUUGAUAUGAUUAAUAGUGUUGAUUUACUGAUGAUGUGUAUGAGAUGCUGGUGUGAUGAAUUAUCGAUGGAUUGUAUGAACUUGGUGACUGCACCAAGAUUGAUUGAGGAGAAUGAUUUGUUAUAUUAUUAAGAUGAGAUGAUCAUAUCGAGACUGUGACAAUAAGUGAAAUGAUCAUAU